CGUUCCGCUAAACAACCUCAUUGUCCUUCCCAUCCCUCCCCAUAUCACCUCCUAAUACAUCAUGAAGCUCUUCAUCGACAAGAUCUCCGGCGACGAGAUGGGCUCGGACGCCUACGACUACAAGGAGGUUGACGACAUUGUCUACGAGCUCGACGCUCAACAAAUUGUCAUCUCCGAGGGCGACGUUGACAUUGGAGGCAACCCCUCUGCCGAGGAGCAGGCCGAGGCCCUUGAGAACGGUGGUACCCAGGUCAUCAACAUUGUCCACUCUUUCCGUCUGCAGUCGACUACCUUUGACAAGAAGGGCUACCUCACCCACCUUAAGUCGUACAUGAAGGCCAUCAAGGAGAGCCUCGCCAAGGAGGACCCUGAGCGUGUGCCAGUGUUCGAGAAGAAGGCUGCCGAGUUUGCCAAGAAGAUCGUGGGCAACUUCAAGGACUACGACUUCUACGUUGGAGAGAGCAUGAACCUGGACGGCAUGGUUGCCCUUGUCAACUACCGUGAGGACGGUGUGACUCCCUUCUUCAUCCUGUGGAAGGACGGACUCAAGGUCACCAAGAUCUAAAUGUCCUGCGUGCAUGUGUUGUGUACUCCUCUACAUUUCGGUAGAGGCAAAUCAACAAUGUGCGAGUGGAAGACGGGGAGAGAUGGAUACAAUGGGAGGAGAUGAUGAUGAUGUCUUCACUAUUCUCAAUCCCUCUGGCCUGCCUUCCGAUAUUGUCACACGAGGCUCGAGCUGGGGCUGACUUGUGUGAGGCUGCAUGUCUUUGUUGACCACCCUUAUCUGCGAGAGUGGCGAUGAAAUGUAUUUACUUACUGGCCCUAUGAUGAACAAGUCCGUCUCAAUGGGGAACCGUGCAGCCGCU